CGUAGUGAAUUGUUGUGAGUGAAGCACGAUGGGUAGAAUAUUACAAGAGUAUGUGGCUAUGAAAACCGAUGCUGUUGUUGCUAGUUUAAUCGAUUACGAUAUAGAAGAACUCAAGGUUGCAGCCAAUAAGCUCCUCCACGAUGCCACCAUGCUAGGAGGCAAAGGCUUUGGCACUUCUUUCUUUAAAUGGAUAGCUUCCUUUGCUGCCAUUUAUUUACUGAUACUGGAUAGCACAAACUGGAGGACAAAUAUGCUAACAGCGUUAUUAGUGCCUUACAUAUUCUUCAGUUUUCCCGAGUCCUUGUUCCACUUCUUAAGAGGAGAAGUUGGAAAAUGGAUUGCAUUCAUCGCAGUCGUGUUGAGGCUCUUUUUCCCUAGACAUUUUCCCGAUUGGUUGGAAAUACCUGGAUCAAUGAUCCUUAUUUUGACAGUGGCCCCAGACAUCUUUGCUCACAGAUUAAGGAAUAAUUGGAUUGGAUUAGCAAUUGAUCUUUUCAUUGGUUGUUACCUACUACAAGAACAUAUCAGGGCUACCGGUGGAUUCAGAAAUUCUUUCACACAGAAACAUGGAAUAUCAAAUACUCUUGGCAUCCUCCUCCUCAUUGUCUAUCCUAUUUGUGCAUUCAUUAUCCAUUAAGUAUAUAUAAAAGCAUGAUAAUUGGUAUCAAAAGAAAAAAAAGUAUAAAUCAUUAUAGUAUAUAUAGUCGGUGAUGAAGUGUAAUCUGUUAGGAAAAUAAAUUUGUAGAUGGUGGAGUUUGAUAUCAGCCUUACCCUAGACAAAAGAACUCCAUUACUUAGCUUUUUACCCACACCAAUGCAGAUUUUAUAGUAAAUUAUCCAAAAUAAAAUAAAAUAAAAUAAACUGUACGUGUUGAACAUCAAUGCACAUGGCAAUCCUGAAAAAUUCUUCUCACUACUAUUUUGGAAU